AUGACACUCGCAGAUAGACGACGUGCAUUUGUAAGUGCCCUAAAAGAUAAUAACGAAAACAAUCUCGCAUAUCUCUUAGCUCUGAAACAAUGGACGAUUCACCUUGCUUCGCCUUUGGUCACUUCUCCUCCAGCGACGUCAGGCCUUCCUCAUUACAAAUCGACCAAUGAUAAGCUAAUACUUAUAACUGAAUCGUUUCAGUCUCAAUUAGGUGUGCGACUCCUCCAUCUCACUGAUGACUACGAAUGUGACUCUUCCACCACACCUGUGAUUGCGUCCCGUCUCACCUCCCUGACCGCUACCUUAAUAGGUUUAUCUAUUCAAUUAGAUUUUUCUUUUCAGUUAGAAAUCGAUUUCGUCCCCUCCCCAGCUCUUCAUCUCUUCACUAAAAUCGCUCUUCAUCUAUCAACUAAAAUCUUCACGGGUGUUGCAAUGCUUGAUAUUUCUAAUUAUAGACGAAGAGUUGAUCAUCAUAGAGAUAUGCGUAUGGAUAUCGAUCAUAUGUCUGAUGAGGACCUUCUUGCAUUAGGUGAGCAGAUUGGGAAUGCUGGAUCGGGGUUAUCAGAGGAUUUUAUUUCAGGUUAUUUGAAAACAAGGGUAUUUAUCUCUUCUAAGUUGGAAGUUGUUUCAUCUGCUGAUCAAGAACUUAGUUUCUACACAAUUUUUCAGGAGGCAGUCUAUACAAAUUCCAGCAGAAAAGUUCCAAAAACUAAAGGUGGCAACAAUAACAUGAUGAUACGUGUAGCCGCAGAAAAUCAACAAGGUGGUGUUGCUGCUAUAGACCAUGGGAAAUGCCAAAUAAUUUUGGUAAAUUUAUAUCCUGUUUAUGAUGUUGGGAAUAAAAGCUUGUAUAAUGACAGGGUUGAGUCUUUUGCAGCAGCAACAGGAGAGGGUCAAGACAGGGGGUCAAAAAGGUGUAGUAGUAGUAGUGAUAAAAUAAAUAUAUUGGUGAGACGUCCUUCAUCAUCAUCAUCAUCUCAUGAAGCAGGGUUAUGUGAGGUGGAUUCAACUUUCAGAGAAAGAUAA